CAGGGCAGUCCUGCUUUUUAUUUAUAUGUGUCUGUGGUCCAACUGAGUUCAGAUGGAGUGCUGUGAGCGUGUAUGGAGACAAGCCGGAGUCAUGAGGCUGGGCUGUUUGGAGUGGUUUUAAUCAGCAACCCGUUGGGGGAGAAUGGAAAACGUCUGACAGGGCUAAGAAUCAAGUCUGGCACUGCUCCUUGAAAGCUGUUGGUCUGCUCCAGGGACAUCUAACUUCUUGCCAGCUGAUGCCAUGGUAAAGCUCAGCUCCAGAAGCGAUGAAGAAGACUUGAACGCUUGGUGGGGAAACACACAUUUGUCCAUUGAUUUCAUGCUGGUGCAAUGUGGCCACAGUGACACUUCCUACAAUGUGGAAGUGGGACGAAAUUAGAAAUCCAUGGUGGCUAUGGCUUGCUGGCAGAUUCUGCCUGGCCGGAGGUGGUCUCGACUUCGUCCAUUCCUGGUGGUUCUGGUGCUGGCUGCCUGUCUUUUCUACCAGACCCUCACCCCAUCAAGGACGCGGAGAUCCCUUUCAGCAAUCGGCAAUGGAGUUCUACCAGACAAAGCAGCUGAGGUGCAGCAGGGGAGGCACAAGGAGGUCACCGAAAGCCGUGCUCGUUGCUUCCUUCCUUCAAGCAAUCUACAAGUAUGGAAGGAGAUUGAGGAUGCCAUUUUUAAAUACUUGAGAAGUGAUGCAAGAGCAGUGAUACUGUACAUCCCUUCUUCCGGCAGUAAACAAGACCUUCAAUUAUAUCAACGUAUCCUUACCCAACAUAGUUAUACAGUUACAGUUGUUGAAGACAGGAAACUGAACAGACAUGAAAUCCCCAAUCCAGAUGAAUUAAACUCUUGGGAUCUUUUCAUUUGCCUGUCUUCCAACAAAGCUGACCAAGAAACUUGCUUAAACAUAAUGGAAUCGCAUCCAGCCAUUUCAUUGCAGAAGGCAAAUGCCUUCCCUCAAAUACAGCACUUACUUUGCAGAAAGGAAGGACUGUGCCAGCUAGUGAGAACGUUUCCAGAAUUGCAUCUUCCAAUUGCUCUUCCUGCUUGCCCAGAAUCAAACCUCAUACCUCUUCGCACUGUGAAGCCCCACGAUGAUAACAAAAUGACAAAUCUGACUCAAAUGCUGCGUUGGCCAAUGAAGAAAAUUCAGCAACAGAAGAUACCCACUGAAGUUGACCACAAAGAAACCUUUAGAAUCAUCAUCAAAGUGUAUGUACUGGUAACAUCAUUAACACCUUUAAGAGCAUUCAUUCAUUCAACUGGUAUUGCCUGGCAUCCACCCAAGAAGAAGCACUGUACGAUCAAGCUACACACCUUUUUUGAAAACUUCUUGGCAGCCAGUUCUCCACAGCAGGCUUUCGAUGAUGUGAAAGAGGCCAUAAGAAGACUCUUGUUGAUAACUGAAGUUUUCAGCCAAGCACCUUCAUCUGGACCAAAGGCCUCCAUUCAAUGCAGUUCGUGUUUUCAGAUGCUAACCUUCGACAUUGGGUUCAGCCAGUCCAUGCAUCCCUCUAUCCUUGAGAUACAUGAACACUUUGACUUUGAAGCUGAUGAAGAUUCAGAUUACCAGGACCAAACUUUUAAAGAAACUCUUCUGGAUGACGCUUUCAGAAUUCUCUUAUCAAAUCAGGUUUCCUCUUCUGCUUUCCUUGUGGCUUUACGGAAUGUAUAUCAAUCAUCAGGACUUAGGAAUGAGCAUCCCUGGAAGGAAUCAGAGCACUGUCUGACUUUGGAACAUCUGAACCCACUGAUCAGUUUUGUAAAAGAGCUUCAGAAUAUAGGGCAAUUUGAACUGCUUUUCCCCUCUGCUAUUCCUCAGGUCCAUUUUUUGCUGCAUGACCUUUAUCGCAUGGUGAAUCCGGAGGAAAAGCUAGGUUCAAUCCUGGCUUUGCAUUGGCUCCUUUCAAACCUACUGGAACAGUUGCAAGUCAUUAACAAAGUAGUACACACAAAUAUUCCAAGAAGGCGUUCUUACCCCGGAAAGGAUAUAAUUAAAACAAGAGUGUCUUCCACGGUUGUUGAAAAACACAAAGGAUUUAGUUUUCCAAACCUGGCUAAAGAAAUGCACUGCAGUUAUGAUAAAGAUACUCUUCCGUAUAUUAGGCAGAUCUUCACCAGUCCACCUUUGGACUUAAAUCCUAUUUUUGACCCAAAGAUAAAGGAAUACUAUUCUGAAGUCCCGUUUGAUGUAGUAACAGUAAAGAUUAGAGCAGAGCCAGUAAAUUGUCAGUGUGAUGUUCACCUGGAUGAGAAGAAAGGACCAAGUGAUGCAAAUUACCCUCUUGGACUUGGAAUAAACAGAGUAAAUAUUCUGGUAACAUAUGAAUCUCAAGCACUCCAUGAAGUUGUCAGCAUCUAUAAAAUCAUCAUUUACCGAGAAGACCGCCCAAGCUUGCCAUUGUUUGAUGACCACAUGUUGUGUGGUUUUGUACAGGAUUGUGGCUCAAUCAUUCAUCCAGAGGAAUCCUGUGGUUUGCAGCCUCUCUCUGCUGAAUACCUGUCAACCAUUUCAGAGACACAGUUGAAGACAUGUGAAACGGGGGACAUGAAAGGACAAUGGAUUGUGCCUUGUCUUAGUUGUUCUGACAACAGAACCUGUGACUGGAGACAAAUAACAUGGCAGCCACACAACUGUCAAUAUCCCAUCCUGAACAAAUCAGAGCUCCAACAGUGUGUAGAAAGAAAAAAGGUUCUUUUCAUUGGUGAUUCAACUAACAGAGGGAUGAUGUAUUACCUGAUAGAGAGAGUAAACGAGACCCUUCAAGAAUGGCAAAAGGCUCAUGACAUGAAGUUUUAUCCUAAUGUAAACAAUGGGAACACUUUCAUUAGCUACUCAUAUUACCCUCAGUUUUGGAUUGAUGUAAACCAAAGACCAACCUUUGAAGAAGCUCUAGAGCAGCUGUUACUCAGAUCACAGCCACUUGAGAACACAGGCCAGACUAUAUUGGUUGUUGGAGGUGUCCAGUGGCUUAAUUUCAAUCACUUACAUAUUAUUCAAAAAGUACUUAAACGAACAAAUCUCUCAAAUAUCCUGGUAAUAAUAAAAUCCUUGGGAAUGGGCUUUCAUCUGCCAGUAGAUGGAAUACACUCUUUGUCACCGGCAGAAGUACAGAAUUUAUGGAAUGAAAAUCUAGCUAUUCUGAACACUGCAAAACAAUAUGGCUAUGAUGUGGUUGAUACUUUUAUUGUUACUAUGGGGCGGUACAAGGAAUUUUUGCAAGGAAAAUGUGGGUGCCAUUUUCACGAGGUGGUGAAAUCCAAAACAUCUGAAGGAAGUGAUCCCGUGGCCAUGACGUUAUCAAGGCCCUAUGCUCUGGGCAAAUAUUUCAACAACCGGAACAACCUGAUGAAACUGCAGGCCUACGCAUCCAGUUCUCAGUCCCCUUAUCACGUGCGGGGGCCAAUCAACCAAGUGUAUUCAGAAAUACUCCUCAGCAGGAUCUGCGCAUAUGACAGAAAGGUUGUUGGAAUGUAACUUCGUUUGGCUGAAAUGCAGAGUUCACAUUGCCCUGCCUUCCCAUGUGGUGAUCCGGUCCAUACCAGAUUUAUUACACACUUUGAGUGGCUAAACAUACCAGCGUAACUCAAGACAUGUGGCGGUUUCUGCAAAGCCUUAUAAAAUCAAGAUGUGUCUCCACAGAGCUGUGGUUUCAGAAUGGGAGACAGGGAAACACAAGAAAGGACGGGAGAGAGAAGUUAUUUGAACUGUGGCCAAAAAUUAAAACCAUUGUAAGUUAAGUCAAUGUAAUAUUGUGUGAAAGGAAAGAAUGUUUUCAAUGUAUUUUGUAGAUAGUGCUCAAAUAUAGGUACAGAGUAUAAUGAUAUAUCACCUAUAUAUAACCAAAAAAUUGCAUUCCAUUUUGAAGAGCUUUAUGACAUUGCAAGAUGGCAGUAUAGGGAUAUGCAUUUAAAAGCAGGUGUUGUAUUUGUAUGGGUGGAACUAGAUAUGCGUUUCUAAGGUUUGCAUUGAGAGAAAGAUGGCAUCAGCCCUUCUCACUGUAGUCACAAUAGCCCCCAAGACAUGAACAUGGAGGGAGGUCAUGAUGUCUUUUUCUGGCCCUAAUCAACCUGGGUGGGUCAGGGUGAGCUGAGCUGAUACAUAUCAGGGCUACAGAUUAACCCUAGCCCCACAUGGCAACUGCUUUGCUAAUUGGAAUCAUACUCUUGCCCCAUGGAAAAGAAAAAGCAAACAGCAUCUACCUGGAUUGCUUCCAGGCAUGCGUCCUUACAGAGAGCCAUUUAUUUUAUGGGGCAGUUGAAAAGAGAGAAAGAAGAGAAGGAACCUUGGCCUGACUUGGAUUAGAGAAUAGAUAGGCUGAGGUGUCCCUAAUUAGUCUGUGGAAUGACACAUAGAUUGAACUGGGGACACACUGGCUCACUCCUGGGGCUUUUUGACACGAAACUCCUAAUCUGCUGCAUCUACUUCUGGUUCAUGCAGAGUUGAGAUCUACAUACUGCGCAAGUCCUGCUUGUCCUUUCCUGGCUUUUCUGCUAUAUAACCUCUAGAUGGCACUGUGGUAUAGCAGAAUAGCACAAAUACACCAUUGGAACUGCUCAUCAAAAUGCUACCCAAGUUUCCCUGCUCUAAAAAAAUUAACUGAAAGUGCUGUUUCUAAGCAGACGCAAAACUUGCACAAUCCUAAUAUAUCUAAAGAACCGACAAAUACCUGUAAAGAAUGACAAGAAAUACCUCAUUUGUGAAAGUUCUAAGCCCCAGCUAGAGUAUAAGAGUUUUCUGUUGUCUUUGUGACUCUGGUUUCUUGUGCUGUCAAAUGUCACUCCCAAAGGUUCAGGGCAGCCUCAUGGAAGUUACAGAUGCCACAUGCUGAGCUCACUGGACUGCCCCUUUGGAUUCCAGCCACAGCUCAGCAACUGCAUGACCUGGGUGUUGAAUUUCUCCUGGACUUUUGUACAUUUCCAACUUGCCACCUUCAUCCUGCUGAAUACAGAUUUAUGCCCAUAAAAAGAGCUGUUUUCUAAUAUACUUGUGUUGGCCUCAAACCUUGCACAUAGCACAAUUCAUUUAGAAUGGACCCUCAUUUCUCUCUGUGUGCUGCUUUGUAGUGGUUUUACAGAAAAGGUUGCAUAUUUAUCUCAGAAAUAAUUUGUACAGUAAUUCCAAGCAAGAAGGUGUCAGUCGUGAUGUCAAAGAGCUCCUUGAGAGGAAGACAGCCUGCUUUAUUGAACAGAGUCUUAAAAAUCACUACCUUCUAAGAUGUCUUCAGAUUUCUGCAUAGUAACUUUCACUGUGUUCAUUAAGGUUUUCUUUUGUACUUUAUGUGCUUUCCAUGUGCUGGAUUCCUUGAAUAGAAGCAGACACUUAAAAGAGGUUGCCUGGAUAAAUAUGUUUAUACUGAAAGUAAUGUUCUAGUUGGACUCUUGCUAAACAAAACCCCAGGAAUAAUUCUGGUUAUGCUAAACUUCAUGCUGGCAAACGUGCCAUACAGUUUCUGCAUAUUCACCAUUAUAUGGUAUUCCUGUGUGUAGUUCACUGUAUUUAAUAUUUCUCAGAUAUUGCUAUUUUGAAAGCAACCUUUCAA